UGAGUUGCGCAUUCAGUUAGUUCAGUUAGCAGCGAUAAGUCGACAUAAUUGGAGCUCCUAGAAUCCUUUGAUUGGAAAAUUAAAUUAACCCGAGAUGCCACCACCACACGAUCAUUGUGGAGGACCACCACCACAUCGCCGUGGUCCCGUGAUUAAGGUGCAGAUCGCACCACCAUGGCCGCGUCGCCACCACCGCCCACAACCCCAAGUUGUGGUGGUGCAGCAGCCACCACCACCCCCACCGCCAGUUAUGGUGGUGCAGCAGGCGCCACCACCGCCCUACUACCAGUAUCCACCACCACCGCCUCCCGGUAGCAGCCACUACCACAACCCACAAUAUUGAGAAGGAAUCUGGGGAUCUGAAAAUCAGCCAUGAUGAAUUUAUUUUAGAUAGCAUUAAUAAACUAGUAAUAUCACCAAUAAAGUAUUUGCAGUUGCGGUCAAAAUAAUAGUAGUGUUUUAGCUUACGGAAAAGACAUAAAAAAACAGUUGAAAAAAAUGUAAUUGUAGGAAGCUAAUACUAUAAGCACUUGCAGGUCAAAAUAAAAGUAUUAAAUCAAAUCAAAUUAAUAUAAGUUUAUUAACGUAUGGAACAUCAAAGACUAAUGUUUAUUGGUAAAUAAGCAAUAUGCUUAAUUAAAGUAAAAGUUGUCCUAUGCUUUACAGAUCAUGUUUGUUUACAACUACUAUUAUUUUGACCGCAGUUGUAUUCAAACCUAA